UUUCCAGUAAAACGGUAAACAAAUAUAGGUAACUCACGUAUGCUUGUUUUAUUCCACCCCGGCGAUGGAUAAAGAUGAAAACGCCGGCGAUUCGCAGAGUUCUGCGUCCGGCGACGAUGAGAGUUCGUCUGGCGACGGGGAAAAUGCUGCCGCUUUCACCGUUGCGAUGUGGGACUUUAACCAGUGCGACCCGAAAAAGUGUUCGGGCCGCAAACUGGCCCGCUUGAAGCUGAUAAAGCCGUUGAAGGUGAAGCGGCGGUUCCCGGGCAUCGUUCUGACGCCCGUAGCGGAACAAUGCGUCGCGCCCCAUGACAGGGAAAUCGUGGCCUCGAAAGGCCUCGCGGUCGUCGACUGCUCGUGGGCUAGGAUCGACGAGACUCCGCUGGCCGCUCUGAAGCCGGCCCACGGCCGGCUGUUACCCUUCCUGGUGGCCGCCAAUCCCAUCAAUUAUGGCAAACCUUCGCAGCUGAGCUGCGUGGAAGCGCUUGCGGCGACCAUGUACAUCACGGGGUACAAACGGGAGGCGCGGUUUUACCUCAACAAAUUUUCCUGGGGCCACGCUUUUUUCGCGCUCAACGGCGACCUGCUGGAAGCGUACUCGCGGUGCGCGGACUCGCGGAGCGUGAUCGAGGAACAGAACCGGUACAUUGAACAAGAGCAGCGGCGGCGCGACGAGGAUCGGCGAGCCGCGCCGACGUUUCCCAGUUCGAGCAGCGACAGCGAUUAGGGAAAAUGGCGGGACACGUAAUGAAAACGACCAGUUUUUCUCAGAUUGCUUAAUACCAAUAAUGUAAAGAUUUGAAAAAAAUAAAACAGACCUAACCUAGCAAAUCCUGAAUCGAA